AUGACCUCCAUUUCAAAUGAUCCCAUUUGGUGGCCGACAAUCAAUUUCAAUAUUUCUUUCAGCUAUUUGGCAGUUGCCGCGGGCGUCGUGGUGGUAUACGAUUGGGUCUUAACACUCGGACAAGAGAUUGAACUCAUCUGGAGACAACGAUGGUCUCUCAUGACUGUGCUGUAUUUGACUAUACGCUAUAUUGGAAUACCAUAUUUUGUUGUCCAUCUUCUGCAAACUAUGCCAUCGAUAUCGCUGACAGAUGCAGGGUGGGUGAGAUUCCAACCAUCGAACUUGGCGCAAUAUAAUGAUUCGAUAGGCACUAUCACGGACUACGCACUGAAUUGGACAGGUAUAGCCUUGACUGUCAUGUUGGGCGUCAUCAUGAUUGCUCGGUUAUAUGCCAUGUAUCAGGGAUCUAGAAAGAUGCUUAUCUUCCUUGUUAUUAUCUUCCUGGCUAUAAACAUCGCCUGCGGAGUGAUCAUGGGAAUAGGACUCAACGAUAUGCCAGCAGAGGAGUUGAUACUCUUUGACACAUAUAUGUGCGAUUAUGGAAUUGAUCAGGACGGGGAGCUUCUGUUUUCGAUGCUUUGGAUGCUCAAGACUGUUUGGGAGGUCCUCGCACUGUGUCUUUCAGUCUGGAUUGCUGUGAAACACUUCCGUGAGCUGCGACGACUCGGCCCAUUGACAGGAUCGACCAUCGGGGAUUGUUUCAGAGUGCUGGUACAAUCUCACGUUCUUUAUUUUGCAAGUUUUGUUGGUGUCUCUUGCCUUCAGCUUGCUGAUCUCUCUCAAGAAAUCUCGAAUUCAAAUUCUAUUGGAGUUCAGAUACUCGCGGGUGCUCUUCAAAUUUUAUCGUUCGUGCAGAUGUUUGUGCUAGGACCACGCCUCAUCCUGAGCGUUCGAGAAUACCAUGCCAAACUCGUGGCAUGCUCUGACGUAGAAACUAGCAUGAAUUCGAUUGUUUUCCAGGAGCAUGUACAUGUAUCAACUAGCAGUACUGUGUAGGGAAAUGCUUGCCGAGUGGUCUGCAAGGAGGAGAAAUUUGAUUUCGGAUCCGUCGUGAUAUUUAUUUAACAUAUAGAGUUUCGAAGUAUAUUUAAAGGAUCCAGGCAAAACUAUUUCUUGUUGUAUCAUUACUGGAACGAAGUACCUGCGCUUGAACCAAGUGGUAAAGUGAAAUUAUCCGGAACGACAAACAACCAGAAUGAUCCUUGAUGGCCGAUGUUAAGACACAGCGAGAAUCAGUGAAAGUGCCUUGACAGCUGAUUCUCGCGUGAUGGUUAAGCUUAAAGCCCCGCAUUAAUAGAACCACGAUGGAUGAACCUAGAAUAGAUGCCGGGCUAGAUAAGACGUGGAUGAAGAUACGAAUCCUGAAAGACACACAUUAGGACGACGACACGAACGACAACGAAAGCAUG